AUGAAGUUAAAUUAUCUGGUUAUGCAGGCUUUUGUAACAAAGUGUUGUAAUGUUGCAGUUAAUUGGAAUAUUAAUGAAAAUGCUAUUUAUGUUUUUAAGGCUAAUCUGUCCCUGAUUCAUGAUGAUAUUUUAAACUCUGGAUUUCAUGUUUGGUUUGCCCCUGUUUGUGUAAAGGCUAAUGUUCACGGAACAGUUCUUCGUUUGUUGCUCCUUUGGUUAACUAGGAACCCAAAUUCUGGGAAGCUAGUUACAAGGUUGAAGCUCAUUCUUGUGAGACAUUCUGUACAUAAGCCCAAACCCUAUGAUGAACCCAUUGCUUUCUCUUGUUUUGGGCCUGAGGGUUCUGUCCCUGUUGCCUCCAUUCCAGCGGUGAAUGAUGCUGAGGUCUAUUGUAGCUCCCAGAAUGUUUUAUCGUGUUCUUCCAUUACCAGAACUUCCGUUGUUGUUGUCUUUAGAACUGGUUUUAUCUCUAAUUUUUUACCACACUUGUAUAACUUUCUCCUGUUUACUUCCUUCAUGAUCGUACCCUUGAUGUAUUUUGUGUUCUAUCCAGGAACUCUUAGCAGUUGGAAGAAAUUCUACAUAAAACAGUGGCUCACGCAAGGUGAUAGAAAUUCUAGCUUCUUUCACCAGAGAACGAAAACAAUUAUAGCACGCAACACAAUCUUCCGACUCAAAAAUGAGGUUGGUCUAUGGGAGUCGGACCCAAAAGAUGUCUCUGACAUACUUCUAACCUCUUUCAAGCAGAGAUUUAAAUCAAUUCAGGCUCCAAAUAGAUCAAUUGACCUCUCCUUCCUUCCUUCUUUUGUCUCAGAACAAGAACAGGAAAAUUUGAUUCUCCCAUACUCUGAAGAAGAGAUCAAAAAUGCUUUCUUAGAUAUGAAUCCUGAUAAAUCUCCUGGUUCAGAUGGCUUUGGGCCUAAAUUCUUCCAAGCUUACUGGCCCAUUGUGGGGAAAGAAGUAACCUCGGCAAUACAAGGCUUUUUCUACCAUGGGAAAAUCCCGAGAUUCCUUAAUCAUACAAUAAUUGCUCUUAUUCCCAAAAACGAUAACCCUGAAAACCCCAAUCACUUUAGGCCCAUCAGUUUAUGUAACACUAUUUAUAAGGCUAUUGCUAAGCUGAUUGUAAACAGACUAAGCCCGAUCCUUAAAAAUCACAUGAGUCCUUUCCAAAACGCUUUCACGCCAGAAAGAUCCAUCCACGACAACCUUCUUAUUGUGCAAGAAGUUCUUAAUACUUUUCAAAAAUCUAACUCAAAAAUUGGAUGGUGUGCUUUAAAACUUGAUAUGGAAAAAGCUUAUGAUAGGAUUGAAUGGGAUUUUCUCUGGGCAACGCUUGAGGCUUUUGGAUUCCCCUCUCAAUGGAUCCAAUGGGUGAAAGCUUGCGUCACAUCAGUAUCCUAUUCCUUAAAAAUUAAUGGUGCUACUACAGAACAUUUCUCCCCGUCACGAGGAGUUAGACAAGGGGAUCCGCUCUCACCUUACCUUUUUAUUUUAUGCAUGGAAGUUUUUAUUUUCAUGCUCAACUUAAAAACCUCGAACCCAAAAAAUGGAGUGCGAAUUAAGGUGGCCCCUGGUUCACCAAAAAUUCCGUGCCUCCUUUUUGCAGAUGAUAGCCUCCUUUUUUGCAAAGCUACAAACUCGGCAUGCCAAAUACUGAGGAACACUAUAAAUGACUUUUGUACUCUCUCUGGACAACUUGUUAAUUUUCACAAGUCCGCUAUCGUUUUUUCAAAACAUGUGUCAAAUAAUAGAAAAGAUAAUACAAAUUUUUUCUCCAUGACUAAAUCAAUGUCACUAGGGAGGUACCUUGGGAUUCAUUUCUCAGCCUAUAAACCUACUAAACGAGAUUUUGCAGCUAUUCUACAAAAAAACGAAACCAGGAUUAAUGCAUGGCAUGCAAACUAUCUCUCAAAGGCUGGAAGGACUAUUCUAAUCCAGAGUAACCUCGAAGCUCUCCCAGCUUAUGUAUGUUCUUCCUUCCUGCUGCCCCAAAAGACUUGCCAAAAUCUAGAUUCGGCACAUAGAAAUUUCUUUUGGAAACAAACUUUCAAGUCGAACUCCACCCCGCUCAUUUCUUGGGAUACUAUAUGUAAACCUAAAUCCCUAGGUGGAUUAGGACUUCGUAGAACAAGGCCUCUCAAUAAAGCUUUCCUAGCAAAACUUGGUUGGAAAAUUCUUCAAGACAACAAUAAUCUAUGGACCUCUAUUGUUAGGAAAAAAUACCUAUCAAACACGUCUUUUUUCAAUUGCAAACCAAACCCGCAACAAUCGCAGAUUUGGCGAGAUAUUUUGAAACAACGGGAUAUCCUAAGGAAGGGAAUUAGAUGGAAAAUAGGAAAUGGGAAGGAUAUUAACUUCUGGUUGGACAACUGGGCGAUGAAAAAAAGCCUACUGACUGCUCUCAACAAAAGUGUAGACAUUGUUGAUACAGAACUGAUGGUGGCCGAUUUCAUUCUUCCUUCAAAAGAAUGGGACCUGCCCAAACUUCUUACGUUUCUACCUCUCUCGUUGGUUCAAAAAAUUAAGGGAAUCGCAAUCCCUUCCCUUGACAUAAUUGACACCCCAAUCUGGGGACCCACGACCUCAGGUGAAUUUUCAGUCAAGUCAGCAACAUGGAUAGCUCAUGAUAUACCCGAUGGCCUUGCUCGCUGGGAAUAUCGAUGGAUCUGGAAUCUUGACAUCCCUCCGAAAAUACAGAUUUUCCUAUGGCAAAUCUGCCACAAUAGUAUUCCCACUAGAGAUAUCCUUUUCCAACGAAAAAUCCUACCUUUUAAUGUUUGUCCGCUUUGCGACACCUAUAUCGAAAGCAUAAACCACCUCUUCAUCCAAUGUCCUACCGCAAAACAAAUAUGGAAUCUCGAUCAUACCAAAAAAUGGCUAGAUUUUUCUAUUCCUUUUUGUGACUUUUUUGAAACUAUUGAUUACUUGAGAAAGUAUCAACAAACUCUUUGCAAAUUUCUAUUCAUCAUUUGGACUCUGUGGAAAGAGAGGAAUGACUGCAUUUUUAAUAAUUGCAAUUUUAACACUUUUCGAGUAUUCUGUAAAGCUAAUUUUUAUUUUAAAGAGUGGCAGGUAAGAACAAAUAUUGACCAGCAUCAACUUAAGGGUACCCCACUCACUUCACACACCCACACAAUUAUCACUCACAACCCUCCGGUGCUAGUUCGUUGGUACCCUCCCCCUCAAGGUACCUUCAAACUCAACUUCGACGGCUCUUGUAAUUCUUCAUCAGCAGCGGUUGGGUUUAUCAUUCGCGACAAUAACGGCACCGUUAUCAGCAUUCGUACUUACAACCUAGGAAUUACACAAGCUUUUAUGGCAGAAGCUUGUGCCCUACACAAAGGCCUCAAAGAAGCAAGGAACCUCAACAUCAAAAACAUCUAUAUUGAAGGUGAUAACCUAUUGGUCAUCAACGUAGUCAAAGGAACUUGGAACAUCCCUUGGAAACUCCAUUAUAUUAUUCAAGACAUCCAGGAUAUUCUCAAAUUUUUCGACACUUGGGAUAUCAAGCACGUUUUCAGAGAAGCAAAUCGAGCAGCAGAUUGGGUAGCAAAUGUAGGGCAUCUAGUUAGUGACACUAUGGGUUUUGAACCUUGUAAUAGCUCCCAUUUACUGUCCAUUUUAGAUAGUGAUUACUUAGGAGAACUCCUCGUGCGGAGGGGCUCCUAA